AUGUUCGGCAUGGGCUGUGGUAUGCGCAAUGACAAACCUUUUACGCUCAGCACGGAGCAGGAGUUGGCUAUUAGUCAGAUCCAAGUUGUGGAUGUUUCAGGAUCAAAAACUGAUCCACAACAAAUAAGAAAUCAAAGUGUAGAAACAGUAGCCAGAUUCCACUCAAGCCCCGAGGCGGACAAACAUCGAUGUAUUCUUAAGAGCAGCGACGAUGUUUACCGAGCUGUCUAUUAUAAUAUCUACCCACUAUCCGGAGGAGCGUCUCGCGUGUUUUCCUUCAAACUUCAAUUAUUCGUGCGCCAGCCGAUACGUCAGCCGGCGAUCACUCCCACGCGACACGUUUCGGCCCCUCUGUUAUAUAGUGAGUUUGUUGGUGUCAGUGCAUCGUGUUUUUAUGACUUCAUCGCCGACCCCAGUACACGCUGUCCUUUCUUAAUUACGGCCUUCACUGGGCCGGGCGUGAACUUGUCGUUAAGGGGGGAUUCCACUCAAGCCCCGAGGCGGACAAACAUCGAUGUAUUCUUAAGAGCAGCGACGAUGUUUACCGAGCUGUCUAUUAUAAUAUCUACCCACUAUCCGGAGGAGCGUCUCGCGUGUUUUCCUUCAAACUUCAAUUAUUCGUGCGCCAGCCGAUACGUCAGCCGGCGAUCACUCCCACGCGACACGUUUCGGCCCCUCUGUUGUGCUUUACCUGCCAAACUAAACAAACGCGAGGGGGGCAAGAAGGGAGGCGUCCGCGCCUUAUCGAACCGCGACCCCGCGGCAACCGCAGCCAGCCUGGUGACGACCUACCUACUUGCCCGUACUUGUACGUUUAGUCUCAACUCAAGAACGUUCCCCAAAUUUCCGACGCCGCGUCGACCUCCGUCAAUAGCGACAAGUUACAGAUCUGUAGCGAGCGGUCGAAGUCAUAGCACGCAGCGAAACUACCGCCUCGCGGUGUUUGGCUCCGCCGGGUACAGCCGCGCCGUCACCUCCCGCGCAGAUAAGGUCACCUCGCACGUGUGCGCUGUUAGUGCUCGCACUGCGCUGCGGAACGAUUAA